UUUGGAAUGUUUAUUAAAGAAAGGGGAAUGGAAGUCGAGGUUCCCCCCGCACCAUAACAUCACCGGUGUUUGGAUGGUGUCAGGCGCCAGCUCUCACCAUGUUUCGUAAUCAGUAUGAUAAUGAUGUCACUGUAUGGUCUCCACAAGGACGUCUCCACCAGGUGGAGUAUGCCAUGGAGGCAGUGAAGCAGGGUUCUGCCACUGUGGGUGUCAAGAGCUCAUCUCAUGCCGUUCUGGUUGCUCUAAAGAGAGCUUCUUCAGAACUAGCAGCUCACCAGAAGAAAAUAAUGCCAAUUGACAAACACAUUGCAGUUUCAAUCUCAGGGUUGACUGCUGACGCUCGUGUCUUAUCACGAUUUAUGAGGACAGAGUGCCUGAAUGAGCACUUUGCUCAUAACCAGGCUUUAUCUUUAAACAAACUGAUGGAGCGUGUUGGUGCUAAAAUGCAGAUUGCUACUCAGCGCUACGACAAGAGGCCAUACGGUGUGGGUCUUUUAUUAGCAGGAUUUGAUGAAGAUGGUCCCCAUAUUUACCAGACCUGCCCUUCUGCUAACUACUAUGACUGUCAAGCUAUGGCAAUAGGUGCGCGUUCCCAGAGCGCUCGCACCUACCUUGAACGCCAUCUUGAAGAGUUUCGCAAUUCUGCACGCGAAGAGCUUAUUCGUCAUGCACUACGGGCUCUCAGGGAUACUCUUCCCAAUGAUGUGGAACUCACCAAUAAGAACUGCAGCAUAGCAGUGGUGGGUAAAGAUGAGGACCUAAGUAUAUACGAUGAUGAUGAUGUAAAUCCCUACCUGGAAGGCUUGGACCAAGAGGAACGACGGGGUGGUACCGGAGCACCCCGAGAUGCUCAGCCACCUGCUGGUGGAGACGAUGCAGCUGCUGCCAGUUCUACUGAUGCAGCUGCUAGUGCUGCUGCACCACCACCACCUCCAACAGACGAUCAACCACAGGAUUCCAUGGAUACAGACUAAGGAUUCUGCAGUUAUCCAUUUGUCUUGGGUUUAGGAUUUUGUAUUUUUUUCUUGGCACCACUUCAGUUGGAUACAUCUUAGACCAGAUGUUGCAUCAUAUUACAAAAAAACAUUUAAUAAAAAAUCUUGUAACUGACUAAUUAUAUCGGAUAAAUCUAAUUUGUGCUAUCUUGUCUUUGGUGGAUAUUUUGUUACCAGGAACCCUUGUAAAAUUCCUUAAUAAAGUUAUACAUAG